ACGAUACCUUCAGAAUCUGAUUGACGACCACCUCGGAAUCACCUUCCACUAUCACGUGAGUCAUAAAUCUUGAAGCAACAACGAUGAUAGCAUCUCUAAUUGCUAGGAGCUCUGCCAAGUAAGAGUUGACUAACCCAAAAUGAUACAAAUCGGUUGCCAACACCACAUGCCCGUCUGACCCACGUAUAAAAAGUCCAGAAGAGCAACUUGAGUCGCCAACAACUGCGUCAAAGUUGAUCUUCAAAAAAUCACCUGGUGGAGGCUCCUAGAUGGCUGAAGGAGGAUAAAAGAGGGACGAUCUGGGGGCGGUGGAGGGGGAAAUAAACUAGAGUCUUCAAGGACCUGGUUGUAGAAUUGUCUGACUAGAGAACAGACAAAAGGUUGGUAAAAUUCAAAAAACACUUUAUUUCUAGACUUCCAGAUUCUCUGAAGUAAACAUACGUACUGGAGAAUGUGGAAUGGGGAGAUCUCAGAGAUCAUGACACGUUGCCACCAUAGACUAAAAUUAACAAUCGGGGUGGAAUCAAUGAAGUUGUUCAAUCCCACUAAGGUCCACAAUCUGGUGGCUAGGGGCAUCUAAAGAAUAAGUGUUUAAUGCUCUCUCGAUGUCUCCAACACACAGAACAUCAAUCGAGACUUAACUCCGCGUGUUUGUAAGGAAACCACUGUGGGUAGAAUGACCUUGAGGAAUUUUCAAAUAAAAAUUUUAAGUUAGGAGGAACUUGGAUAUUUCAAGUCUUUUUCCAAAUGAGAGGAUCGAUGAUAUGGACUAUUUGUUUUCUAUAUAAGGCCAAAGCUGAUUCUAGGGUUAGGUGAAAGUCUGAUUUGAUUGCGUAUUUUCCAUCUUUGGAGUAGUGUCACACUCUAGUAUCCUGUUCAGGGAGGCGAAGUAGAGGUGUUGAUGCCAAGCUAAAAUAGCUGACCUCGAACGUUGUAGAGUCCGGAGAGCGUUGACCUUUUGAUUUGCCGUUGGAUUCCAGCUCUCGAGAUGAAUACCUGCAAAAGAGGACCCGCCGGUUGUGGUCGGCUGGGACCUUCUCCAAAGCUCAAGUCAGUACUUGAAAAUAACACGGAGCGGCGUAUAGAACCGGCUCUAGGGAGAAAGAAAGAGAAAUUUUGGGGUUGGAAGUUGCCAAUUCGCCGAGAAGAAGUUCGUCGGGAAUUCCCCUUUUCCUAUCUCGUUCAGAGGAAAUGAGUUCCCUGGAAUUGAGAUGGAUUGCCGAGGAAACAUAAAUGAGCGUCCUAUUUAUAGGUGCCUCCUGCUCCUGGCAUGGGGUGGCGUGUCCCUUACUAAUCGUGAGUAAAGUGUGAAAUAAACAUAUUAAUUGAAGGUUGGAAGCUUACCUUGGACGUCAAUGCAUGGAUAUAUGCACACUACUAGCACAAUAAAGUGUCAAUUUCCACCUUAUUUGCUUCCACGUGCUAGGAUGUGGAUGUAUGAAUUUAACCAAUGUAACUGGUGGAGGAGAGUAAGGGGACUCUAUUGAUUAAAAAGUGCAUGUGUCAUUAGUUGAUGGAAUCACUUUAUCUCAUGUAUAGCUACGUGAAAAUGGGGAAGCAGGAGGUGGUGGAAAGAUAAUGAUGGCCACUCUAUACAAGCUACGUGGAUGAGCUUAAAAAGAAGGUUUAGUUUGUGUGUUUAAGUGGAACAAAGGCUCUCCCAACCAAGUUGAAUGGUGGGCUGUAAUAUACAAGAAAUAUAUUUAAUUAAUAAUUUUAAGGGAGAACAUAAUUGAUUUUACCCUAUCAAGGCCACGUGUAAGUGAUAGUGGCUUGCAACCCAAUUGGUUAUGUGCUUAUUCUAGGGCUUUGAUAGUUGGAGGACUAAGAUAGUAGGGGUUUCUUUAUUUGUAUGUGGAAGGGGUGAAAGACAGGAAGUGUACUUCUUAGGUGGGGUUAAAAAGCUAUCCAUGUCUUACCUUCCCUUCCUCCACGUAUUAGACAGGUGGUAUUGAGCUGUCUUUGAAUUAGGUGGACUCAAAGAGAGAAAUGGUGGUAAAACUAGUCUCCCAUCUUCCAUGGGUCACGUGUAAGUAGAGGAUCAUGGAGUGGAGCAUUUCUUUUCCAGUUAGGAGCCACGUGGGGUGGGUAAAGAGAUUUUACUCCUCACAAUUAUCCAACACAUGACACAUGGAAAAUUAUGGGUAAUAGAUUUAGGUGGGUGGUACUUAUCAAUUGCCCCCCUUAUUGGUUGUGUGAACUCUCAACAGAUAAGCCCUGCAUAUAAAUAGGGAAAGAAGGGGUGAACUCUCUUCCCAAAAUUCACCUCAUAACAUCUUGCACCCUACUCCCAUUCUCUUCGUCAUAAUAGAGUGAACUUCCAACCCAAUCCACCUUUGCUUCUAAUUUCCCUAUCACCUAACCCCCAUACCCCAAACUCUCAUCUUCCAUUACGUGACUAGAGAAAGCCAUUCUCCUGCCAAUAAUGUAAGUAAGAAUUACCAACUAUAUACCUUUUGUUUGAUUUUAUGUUUUAUCGCAUGUGUUUUUUUUUUUUUUACUUACCACGUGUUUCUCUUUCCUUUUGUACAGAUAAACAUAUAUUAGAUUUAGUUUUACGAAAAUGUCACGAGAGCGACCAUCGAGUUCUCGCCCGGGGUUUUCUGAACGAGAGGAAUUAUCUAAUCCACCAAAGCCUCUACGCCCAGUCCCAUGUUCGGAGCCAGCUCGCGGGAGGGGCGAACAACUAGUCCCUGGGGAAGGAUCAGCUGCCUCUAAUCGUCGAGACACACCAACAUUCUCUAUCCGACCAUGGCAUGGUAUGUUUCAUUCCACAUCUCAUUUCUCAGAAUGGGCUAUGAUAGGUCCAGGUGGACGUUUUAAUCGUAAUGAGAGUUGGGUACAAAGUACUUUGUUGCAAUUUGAUAUGCCGCGCUACUGGGAGUAUGCGGUCCCGACACGGUAUACUACCACAGGAAAUCGUGGUGUGGGAUGGCAUGCUGUAUAUCGGGCAUCCCUUGAUUAUGGGCUUCGUUUACCAUUUCCGACGUGGCUCUGUGAUGUGAUGCGGAGAUCUCAUUUGACGUUAAGCACGGUGACACCGGGAUUUUGGACACUUGUUGCUGCUUUUCGUUUGGGUUGUCACAGGGCUGGUGUGUCACCCUCAUCAGAGCUUUUUUAUGCAUGCUUCUACCUUCGUGGUGAAGCUACUGGAUGGUCUCUUCAUAGUAGACCUAAUGCGCUUGGCCUCGUGACUCCAUAUGGUCGUGCAGACCGGGGUUGGGAACGUGAGUUUUUCUAUUUCUCUCCAGCUUCGGGUGAACUUUCUUCUGAGGGUGUUAUGAUCCCUUCUGAAUGGAGGGAUAUCGAGUUGGAAGGACUUCACAGACAAGCGGUACGUAGAGAAUACGCAGUACAGAGAGAGCUAGCCGCCAAAGUGAAAAUGAUAUCAGAAGGAGGGAGGAUUAACGUCGAGACUCCUGAGGCUCGGGCUAUACUCUUUUUCACGGUCUAUAAUGAUGCCUACUCGCAUUUUAGAGCAUGCAUGGAAAUUCAAGAGAAUGCCCUAUUUACUGCGAGGCUACCGCCACCUGCCCCCCGUCCUCAAAGUGGUGUGGUGAUCCGUGAAAUUUCCGAGGAGCCCGAACCAGCAGUGCCGACUUCGAUUGGUCGUCAAAACAAACGAGUGUGUCGCUCCUCUCCAUAUCGAGGCAAGAAUAAUGAUUCAAGGAGGAAAUUCGAGGCUAGUAGCUCGAGCCAUUCUGCCCGCGGGGGCGAGCAGAGUCGUUUUCAGACGGCGAGAGCAUAUCAUAACUCAGAGUCCCAUCGCCGGGGUGGUUCAGGCACCCCAGGUAGAGGAAGGACAGAUUUCCCCCUCGUUAUGAACUACCAAACCUUGCGUGAUAUCGGGAAUCAAUUUCCUCCUCUUGAAGGCGAGGCUGCUGGUGUUUGCUUUGCGUUAUCGCAAAACCAGAUGAAUCAAUAUGCCGCCGAGAUGGAGAGGCGCGUAGCGAGAGCAAGGGCAGAGGUUAUAACAGCUCAACAAAAUGUUGUACGCGUAGAGCAUGAUCUUCGUAAUCAAACUAGAAAAGUGGAAGAAGCAAGGGGUCGAGCCAGUGAGGUUGAGGCACUCCUUCGCGAAGUUCGAAAUUGCCAAAUGAUCACUUUAGAGAGGCUACAAGAAUUGGAAGCCUCAGGAGCAGCAUUGCUACAGGAGAUGACGAGACUCAAGGAGGAUCAUGCUGCUGACCAUGAAGUUCUUAUGGCAGAGCGUGAUGAAGCUCGUGCAGAGAUAGUACGACUGCAACAUCAAGUGCAACAAUCGGUGGGGGAAACCUCAGGAGCUGCCAUGCUCUUAGUGGGUUCACGUGACAUAUUUCCAGAGGCUGAGUCUGACGAGGCACGUAUCCCAAGAGAGGCGGAUACCAGAAUCGAAGGAGUUCCAUCCGAGGAGGUGGUGAUGCAUCGUGGUAACAUGGAGAUUGAGCCUUUCAUUUCAACCCCGAUAUUUGAUACGGCUUCUGCGGAUCAAUCCUUUAUUGCGGCAAUGGAUAGCCCAAUCUCGUCAGAGCUUGCAAUGUCGGCCGAGAAUGCCUGGUUGAAUGAAAUACUUGGCUUCGGUCCUCCUAUGUGAGAUAGUGUAGCUUGCAGCGGUAGCAAACUUUUCUCUGUACAGGUAGUAUCUUGCUCCGCAAAGGUAUUCGGAUAUAUUACCUAUGUGUGUCAUGUUUAUGUAGCAGCAUAUCUUGCCUAUGUACAUUAGUAGUUCGUCAUAGAUAUGUAACCGUGCAUUUUGCGUUGUACAUAUAGCGAUUUUUAAUAAAAC